GGAACUGCUGUCCCCUCCUUUCACUGCUCCUCCAGGAGAUGCUCUGCUGGGCCUGCCCCACCGCAGGACCCUGGGCACACUGCCCUGUCUCUCUGCUCUGGUGUGCCCCCUUCCUGGCAGUGAAACUUCCAUCCGAGCCUCCGGCUGCACCAGGGCUCAGCAGGAGGGAGUCUGGACGUGCACCGUGGCUUGGUGCAGGGCAUGCGGACGUGUACCAGGACUCAGUGCAGGGGUCGAGGCCAUGUCUCCCAGCCCCACCGAGGCAGCCCUGGGGCACGGCAGCGACCGGCUACUGCCCAGCCCUCUCCAGGCCUGUGGGGCUCUGACCUUGGCUGGCUGCCGGGUGCCCGCCCACACGCUCCCUCGCUGCCCUCCUCAGCAAGACCGGGGCAGAAAAUACGGUGAAACGCUCGUGGCUGAGAGAAGGCCGGGCAGACGGCGGGAUGCUUGCUGCCAUGGGCAAAAGAGACUCGGCUCGGUGAAAAGCGAUGGAAUUUGUGGCCAUGUGAGAACGGCACAGUGAGAACUACAAGCACAAACUGCAAGCACCUUGCCGCGUAAGCCCACACCAGGGGCCAGGGAGCGUCUCCGGAACCGGGAGCAGGGCCUCUGGGGCGGGUCCCGUCCCAACGGACACAACGGACCUGGUUCCGUGCAGCUGCGACUGCUUGGAGUGCUACCGGGUGCUCCAGGUGCGAAGCAAAGGCACAAACCGCGGGCACCUUGCCACAGAAACCCAGCGCAGGAGCCAGGGCUGAGGAGCAGGUGGGUCAGCGCUGCCAGGGCUGCGCAGCGGGGCCGGCCCCAAGGGGCCUGGUUCGGCAGUGGGGCUGGGGGCAGCCCCGGGCAGGGGGACCUCCCUCCAGUACAGGGGAUGGCGUCUGCAGGCCCCUGGGGACAGGACCCCCGCGGGGCUCUGGGGCCGCCCGCCCGAGGGCAAGAGGAGGGGUCCUGGGUGGGGGCCUGGGGCUGGCGGCAGCGGUGGCACUUUGUGGCAUCCCUACCCCGCGACAGGAGCAGGAGCCACAUUCACUCCUGACCGCUCCCUGCAGGAUGUCAGGGAGACCCCCCUGCUCCCCGCGAGCGGCCUGGCUGGAGGAGGCUGGGGCCUCCCCGGCCUCCAGGCCCCGGCCGCAGCCCUAUGAGGAGAGUGAGGUGCAGCCACUGCAGGCGCCCUCUGGCUCAGGCGUGGGCCCUUCUGCCUCGGCCGUGCUGUGGCAGGAGGAAGAGGACGCCCUGAGCUUCAUCCGCGCUUGCUGCAGCCGCAGACCCGAGCGAGAGGCGCAGAAGCUGAGGUUUCUGGCCUCCGUCUGCGACGCCUGCAGAGCCGCCGUCACGGACCACACCACCUGGGACGCGGUGUAUUUCUGCCAGCUGGAGGUGGCGCGGAGCAUCGAGGCGCUGCUGCAGGAGGAGCCCACCGAUCGCCUGGACACGGAGGUGCGGCAGAAAGCCAUGCUCGCCAUCGCCGCCAUGAGCAGAGCGGGGCUGCUGCCGCAGGACAGGAAGAACGGCCUCCUGCGCGCCUGCCUCUGCAGCGUCUUCCACCUCCCUGGCCACGAGGACAGGAGAGACAUGGACACGUCUCUCUACUUCAAGACCGUGGAAGCCCUGGACAGCCUGCUGCAGGUGCUGGUGGGCAGCGCCGGCGCCUCCGGCCUCCUGGAGCUGCAGAACAUCUUGAAGGUCUGGCUUUGGCAAAGGCUGGGCUUCACGCACGCGGUCAGUUCUCUGCCGCAAUGCCUGGUGCAGGCAGGGGUCCCCAAGGCGGGGGCUGGCCCAGAGCUGGCCCUUGCGAGGCUGGAGGGACGUCUGGGGAGCAACGGGAAGGGAGCGGGGCCUGCAGCAGGACAGGGGCACGGCCACCCGCCUGGCCACCGCAGCGGGGGGACAGCUGGAAGGACCAGUGUCCCGUGCUGCGGGCACACCAGCAGCUUUUCUCCCCCCAGCUCCUGCUGCCCUUCACCCAGCAGCAGCCGGAGGCCGUGGAGGAGAGGGCCAUGGCGCGGAUCGCCAGGCUGGCCGCCUUCAUCAACACCUGCUCCUUGCCCCAGGUAGGGAGCCCCUGGUGCAGGCAGCCCCGGCGCCCCCGUCCUCGCUCCACGGCCGCGGCUCUCCCCAUCUCCAGGCUUGCGCAGAGCCGGGGCUGGGGCUGGGGCCCUGCCGCCCCGCUCAGCCGUGGUCCCGCGCUGCCUCUC